AUUUUUAAAAUCGGUCCAGUAGUUUAUGAGCCUAUUCAUUACAAACAAAGUUUUCCUCUUUAUAACAUUAGUGUAGAUUACUUUAUUGCAAGAUGUCAUGUGAAACAUUGUGUAAUGGUUGCAGUUUAAACGUUGUGUAAAACAAAAAACUUGGCGACUAAAAAGAGUGGCGGAGAGUUUAUUGCCAGUUCUUCUCUUCACUUCUACGGCUUUGAUUUGAGCACUGGCAGUAGAUGUAAAAUUAGAAGCAUUUUAUAUAUGUUUAUUUUUUAGACGUUGAUAAGUGUACAUUGUUACCUAUAUGAAUAAAAGAUAUUGUAUCCAGUUAAACUAAAUAAAAAAUAUAUUAGCUAGUGAGGAUGCAUAUAAUACGUUUGCUAUAUAUCUAAUAAAGUUAUUAUUUAAAUGUUUUGCUAAUGUCUUUACUUUAUAAAUAAAGAUGUUUGCUAAUUUCUUACCCCCAAAAAGGUUACUAUUGAUACCACAAGCAGUUAGUUAGCAAAAAGAAAUUAUGUCAAUCAAAAUUCUGACACCAUUUUCACGUCACGUCAUGUUAAUCAUGUUUUUUUUUACAUAGAAAUUAAAAUGGAAAGAAAUUUUCCUCAAAAACUUCUCUAGGUGCACAAUAUGAUUAGAUCGAAAAUGUUCUCUUUACCGUAAUCCAUACAAAAAUUCCAUAGAAAAUACAGAAAUGGCCUGCUGCUGUAAACCUGGUCGAUCAAAUAAAUCGUCCGUAAGUUGCCUGGGACGGUGUGAUCUGCCCAAACACCGCUGUUUAGAAAAAGAUGACGUUAAGCCCGGUCCCGUCCCGAAACAUAUGGGAUGGCUUUACACAGCUAAAGAUGCACCAGAGCAUCAGUUGCGCUGCGGUUGGCGCCCAGGCCACAUCUCAUGUCCAGUGCUCAAACGCAUCGAACAGCAUAAUUGUAUGAAAACAAACGAAUGCACUCCAUGCCCAUCAGCAACCUGCUCCAGGCCAUGCAGCAAACCAUGCUGCAUGCCUCCAAAAUGCCUAGCAGCAUGCCCUUCUUCCAUAUCCUGUUGCAAACAGCCUUGCACUCAACCCCUAAUACGAAUAAUACGACAUGGCGGACAGUACACAAUAUGCACGAAACCUUCAAACGUCAGCAAUGCUCCGUCUGGGCCUUAUCCACUGAAAUAUGUGCUGAACACUGAUGGUGACGAUACGCCCAGUACAAACGUAAAGUACAGCGUUGAGGCCAAAUUCAACGAUUACCAUUUCGAUUACACCAGCUCGCAAACAUCCUUUGUAUUGGACUUUUCGCCCCCUGAACAAAAGUGUUACAAGCCCUGCCCGAAGAAAAGUUUGAUAUGUUUGCCAUGUUAAUUUUUUUACAAAGACAAUAAACUUCAUAUAAAACACCA